AUGCCAACUCUAAGGAAAUUAGUCGAUGCCUGUGAUCACCUCCCCGUGUUGCGCGAGCAUGACCGAGUUCUCUUCAAGUCUGCUGUGCUGUUGGCAUUAUUUGGUUUCCUAAGGUGCUCCGAAUUUACAGACGGCCUUACAAGAGAGCGUAUCAGAUUUGAGUCGGGCAGCAUGACCAUCCUGCUAAAGAGAUCAAAGACAGACCAAUUUGGAAAGGGAGUCCACAUUGUCAUUGGACCGGCCGGUCGCCCUUACUGCCCGGUGUAUGCUAUGCUACGCUACCUGGCGAUGAUUGGUAGUCGAAACGCAUCCACUCCUCUGUAUGUACUUGCCAAGGGUGUGCCGUUAUCCAGAGCUGUUUUCACCAGUACUGUGCGCUUGCUGCUUGAAAAGGCUGCGGUGCCAAACAUCGAACUCUACUCGGGACACUCAUUCCGAAUUGGCGCAGCUACUACCGCCGCCAUAGCAGGGAUACCCGAUUCGCUGAUUCGUUCUGCCGGCAGGUGGCAGAGCGAUGUGUGUCUACGCUAUAUGCGAAUUCCAAUGGAGACCAAGUCCAAGAUCUCGGCUCAGCUUGCCUCAGUGAGUGACCUUAUCUGA